CCUCGCGGCCGGCGGUCCGUGGAGCGAGUAUACUGCAGCUAGCUUAGCAUCGAUGGGCUCGCUGAGAGGCGGCGGCAGCGGUGUGCAGGAGGCGGCGGCGGAGAGAGAGGCGAGGAGCGUGGAUGCGGAGGAGGCGUGCGCGCUGCUGAGCGCGGGGCGGCACCGGUACCUGGACGUGAGGAUGUGGGAGGACUUCGACAAGGGGCACGUCGCCGGCGCCCGGAACGUGCCCUACUACCUCUCCGUCACGCCGCGCGCCAGGGAGAAGAACCCCCACUUCGUCGACCAGGUCGCCGCCCUCUACGCCACCCACGACCCCAUCAUCGUCGGUUGCCGGUCCGGUGUCCGGUCCAAGCUCGCCACGGCGGAUCUUGUGGCCGCGGGAUUCAAGAACGUGAGGAACCUGGAAGGCGGUUACCUCUCCUUGCUCCGCGCUGCAAAUCAGGAACCACCCGAGACUUGAUUGUUCUUUAGGUACUACUGCUCGGGCGCUGCAGAUUAUUCAUAUGUAGCAGCAGCUUGAUUGCUCUUGCUCCGGAGGAAGACGAAGAUCGAAGGGGAAUUAAUAUAAGAUUGUUUAUAUGCGAAUAUGUACAUGUUCGACGAUCGAUAUAUGUAAAUAAGACAACCUUAAUUGAUUCACAGAAUUGAUGGAGCACUACGUAUGGAUUGUUAGUAUUUUCAACGAUCCAUACUAGCUGAUUGGUUAUAAGUUUUUGCCAGCUGCACUUCAUCUUCGAUCUUGAACUGGGAGAUGACUGUCAUGAGCAGACGCUACCACAAAAAAAAGGCUGGGACUGCGGGGCAUAGCGCGGUUCCCAAAUUUAGAGCAUCUCCAACAUUUUUGCAAAUUCGGUUUCCAAAGUCCUAUGUUUUAGCAAGUUUGUAAACAAUAUGAUAAAGGAAGAUACGUUGAUGUUCAUGUGUUAACUGUUCCUUCUGCUGCUCUUGGAGGUCUGCAUGCUUCCCUGCACGACAAUUCAGAUGAGGUAACCAACGUUGCCCAAUUUUUCCUUUCGAUUUCUCCAUUCACCACGCAGUUGAUAUUUUGCAAUCAUACGACCACCUCUACAAGUAUCAAACAAAGUGUAUGUACUGUGUAAUAAUCUGUUUUGUUACGGAUGCUAAAUCAAAUCGCUUUCUACAUACAAAUAACUUCGCUUCGACUAAAAACAAAAUUGUGCGCCGUUUUUUUAUUUCCAUUAUCUUACUCCGUUUAUAUUAUUACAGUUUAUUAAAGAGUUAUUCAUAUAUGAUGAACACCAAGUAUUGGAAUUCCCUGACAUGCUACUUAGUGCUUUAAGUGUUAAAUCCUUUUGCUAAUCAUAGAAGCCCUUUUAAACUGAUGAAGUUUACCUUCAGGCCUCCAAAAUCACAGCAAAGAAACUAUGUUUGGGCCCUUCAGGAGGCUCGCCCCAAUAUCAAGUGUUAUUCAUCCGCUUUUCUGUGUUACACCGCAGUUGUCUGAUUGUCAGCGUCCCGCCAGGGUCUCAAUCUUUAUUGCGUUCACUAUAUUAUCUUCUGCCUUCAUGGAGCACAUGUUGUUUCUUACAUCUCGUGAUCGGUAGGAGAACAGAAUGGAAUAUCUGUUGAUUUUGCAUACAAAGAUUAACAAAAUGAAAUAUAUACUAAUUUGUGUUACUCCGUAACAUUGUGCAGCUCCUAUUGAGCACAAGUGCUGUUUUCCUGUUUACAAUGCAAACUAUUACUUCUGUUUUUUGAUGCACUGAAUGUUGGCAGUAAAAAGAAAGGGUUAGUUUCUGCUGUCUAACUCAUGUAGAUGACAUUGUUUGACCAGACGUAUUAUAUCACUUAUUUGAACUUAUCUAUGUUAUCAGUCCAUUUAAAUAUUUCCAUUAACCGUACAGUUAUGCUGGAAAGUCCGUUGUCAGUUCUGCUACAAGCACAGGGAAAAUCCGUUGUCAGUUCUACUACAAGCACAUGGAAGAAAGAAAGAUAAGAACCACCCCCUGCUGCUGCUCCAAAAAAGAUCUAUAUAGAGUGUUGUUGUAUUGGUAGUAAUUACAAAGCCACAUGCAUAAAAUGAUAUCACAACUUGUAUAUGCAAAAACCAUCUAAUUUCUUAUGUGCUUUACAUAUUUUGGUACAGAUGUAGCAAUGAUGUUGUAAGACUUAUGUUUUUAUGACACAUCCGCAGCAUAAGAAAUUAAACGUUCAGUUAGUUUCUAACAUUUUUAUUUAAUACAAAACAAGAAACAAGGCAAAAAAUAUAGUAGUAAAUGUAAAUUGAUUUAAUAUGGAAAGUGGCAUGAUUUAAUGUAAAUUUGAUUUGAAAAUGAAAUAUAACAUAUAAAUUGGUCCAAAUAUACAUAUACCAAAUAUAAGUAUUUAAAGAAUAAAUAUCAUAGUCACAGCUCUCAAUUUCAAAUGAGAUCAAAAUAGGUGUGGUCAAUUGUAAUUGUACUUUAGGGAAGAAAUUUUGACCCUGGGAAUUAUCCUAGUCUUGCAGGUGAGCAGUAGAAGACACUAUAGAGUCACCGACCGGCAUCUUGGUGAGGAAAGCAGACAGGCAGGCACUAACAAGCUUCGGAAUAAGGCCUGAAGAGUAACAGUACGGUAAUUUUGAAAUUGAAAGCCCCACUCUGAACCAGGGUGCUUAAUUGUAUAUUCGGCUUGUUUCUUGUAGAAUCAUUGAGUUGCAACAAACCCGAGUAAUGAAUUGUUUGUCAAGACAAAUCAUCAUUAGCCUUAUAAACAAUCCAUGAAUUGGUUGUCAGCCAAUCUGCACCAACACAAUUAAACCAGUCACAACCCAAACAAUUGUUGUGGUUUCAUCGAGUUUGAAGCUCCACAGCAAACGAAGCAACAAAUGAAACAUGUGCAUGAAUUAUGAAUAGUACAGCUAAGCAAAUUCAGAUCAAGUGAACCUACCAAAAGAGAAUUAAAAGAGUUGUUAGGUAAAGUACAAUUGAAGUGGGUAUUUAACUGAUUGUAAUCCUUCCAACAUUUUGAUUCAUACUACAUAGUAUUUUUGUAUGACAGAUGUUUAUUAACCUAAAGUUGGCUCAAUGAUGAAUAGCUAGAAUCUAUGUUUAUUUAUUUAUACCCUCUAGUUGGGUAAGUACGUAAUAGACAAUAUAAGAUGUAUAUGUGAAUCAGAGAGUCAGAAGUAUGUUGUUAGUUUAUUUUAAAAUUCCCUAAAAAAAUAAAUCUUUCCUUGAUGAUACCACUGACAUGAUUUAAACACAUAGGUUUUCCCCCAUACUUAUAUAUGCUUCAUCAACACAUACUUCAAAUAUUAGAAUCACAUGCUUUUCUAACAUCAGCUUCUAAUAUGAGUUCCAAGCCACAAAAAAGGUAAGCAAGUAUAGGUUGGGAAAAAACAAUGAAAUCAUAUUCUGAAUUUGGAGUUGACUUUUUACUAAAUUUUGAAUCAAAUGCAGUACAUUGGCUAUGUUGUACAUAGGUGCGCAUAAUUUUUUUUAGAACAACUCAAAUAAACUACAUAUAUUAUUUACUAAUAUAUUACUAAAUAACCCCUGCUAGUGUGAUUUUUUUAGGCUCUUCAGUGCUCAGCUUUAGAUAAAAAGGUGUUCCCAAGUUUUAAAUUUUACAAAGAAAGUGGCAUCAUUGUGAUGAUCGUGUUUGUAGGUCUUCCUGAACAUCACGUGCUCUAUUUUCUAAUUUAUCAAGAAAAAGGGUUUAAUCCAUAUAUCUUUGGCAUUAUAGAAGUAUUGAUAUCAACUUGUAUUUGAUUUGGCACUAUAAUCGAGUAUUUAAUUAUUGAGCCUAAACGGAUGGCUACCUAAAAGAACCAAUUGCUUGAGUAGGCCAAAAAAAAGAAGCAACUAAAUUUGAUAACAUUAGAAACAAGGUUAUGGUUUGAUGUGGUAACUAAUUUACCGGCUUUUAGCAACAGAUCCUACUAAAUCAAACCAUUUUAAUUAAAUUAAGUAUAAACCAUUUUAAUUAAACUAAGUAUCAUCUUGCAAUAAAAGCCUAGCCAACAUAGAGUAAUAUGCAAAUGAGAUUCAUGUAGAUGUCGAGUGCAAAAGUUAUCAGAAAUGAUUUAGCAGAUCAUCAUCCAUUGUUUACUAUAAGAGCAUGGACAAUAUAAAGAAGAGCCAAAAAAAUGUAGAAACACCGCAAAAAUAAUAUGUCUAAUGAAGGGAAUAGUUUGAUUCACCAGGUAACCAUUUAAAAAGC